CCAGAAUUUGCUUAGAAGCCACUUGAUUGCUUCACCUCUCUCUAUCUCUCUCUUUCUUUCUCUCCUUUCUCUCUCUAGAAUCUUUUUCUAUAUCCCUCUCAACAUCACUUGAACUCUAAGUAUGAAUUUUCAGUUAAAUUAGCCCCUUGGAAGAUCAUUAGAGAGAUUAUUUUUAUAUUUCUUUUUGUCUCUCAUCACAUGUUCUGUUAAACAUGUUUUGUGGGCUCUUGAGCAAAAUGUGUUGUUAACACUUUAGCAAUAUCAUUAUUAUUAUUAUUUUUAUUGUUUUGUUUAAGAAACAUAAUUUGGGUCACUAUUAAGUUUGUUGUUUUGAAAUAAUUAGUGUCGAUCGAUCGAUCGUGUAAUAAAAUAGUGGAAUGGGUCGAAACUCUUGCUGUCUGAAGCAGAAGAUGAGAAAAGGGUUAUGGUCACCAGAAGAAGAUGAGAAGCUUUACAAUUACAUUACAAGGUUUGGUGUUGGCUGCUGGAGCUCUGUGCCCAAGUUAGCAGGGCUGCAAAGGUGUGGAAAAAGUUGUAGGCUUAGAUGGAUUAAUUAUCUAAGGCCUGACCUCAAGAGGGGAAUGUUUUCUCAAGAAGAAGAGGAUUUGAUCAUAAGUCUGCAUGGAGCUCUUGGCAACAGUGGCCCUUUAUCUCUUGGAAAAUUACAGGUGGGCCCAAAUUGCUACACAACUACCAGGCAGAACAGACAAUGAGAUCAAAAACUUUUGGAACUCAAGCCUCAAGAAGAAGCUCAUCAAACAAGGCAUCGACCCAAAUACCCACAAGCCAAUAAUAACCGAAAUAAUCGAGACACAACCGAAAAAAAUCGAACUCAACGACUCUAUUAUUCCAUACUCAUCAAAUCAGACGAAUCUUCAGACAAAAGGGCUUCCGAAUUUAGCAACACCUACACAAAUAAUCGAGCAACAACAACCGUAUAAUUUUGGCGGGAAACAAUUAUACGACCCUUUAUACUUAACCGAUUUUCAAGCCAAUAUCGAACACGAAUAUUACCAACCGAAUUUUCUCCCACAGCAGAGUCUCGAGGGCAUUUUCGUCAAUAACGAAAGUUUAUUUGGCUGCUCGAUGCCAGACUUGGCGAACUUCGGCUCGAUGAAUCAAAACGGGACGAGAGAAGAAGGGUCGAGCUCGAGCAAUGUGUGGGGCCCGGGAAAUAAGUUGGACCCGGUUUUUCGGGUUCAGUUUAGUGGGAUUCAGAUUGAAGAAGAAAAGAAUAAGGCAAUAAGUUUGUGGCAGCAAGAAGGAGAAGAAAGGGCUCAUCAAAGGUUUGAUCAAGAAAGUUCAGAGGGUAAUUUUGGUAAUCACCACAACCAAUUGGCAGCAUUGUCACAGGAGCUUGCAGGGGAAAAUUUGGAUGUGUUCAAUCAAAUAUGA